UUUGAUCUCCUUCAUCUGGAGGAAGCGAAAGCCCCCAGAGGCGCUCCAUUCCCGGUGCGUGCGUGCUCCUGCGCGUCCGGCGCCCACCAUGAGGCCCCUCGUCCUGCUGUGGGGCUGCCUCGUGCUCCCAGGCUAUGGAGCCCUGACGGGCCCGAAGAAGAUCAGAGGGUUCGAAGGCGGCACCGUGUCCCUGCUGUGCGCCUACAAGGAGCAGCUGAGGGGCCACCAGAAGUACUGGUGCAGGAACGUCGGGUUCCUCAUCGACCGCUGCUCCGCCACUGUCUACACAAGAGCAGAUGGCCGGGAGAGCACAGAGGGCAGGGUGUCCAUCCGGGACAAACCGUGGGAGCUCAGGUUCAACGUGACCCUGAGGGCGCUCACCCUGGAGGACUCGGGAGACUACUUGUGCGGCGUGAAGAGACUGGGCUUUGAUGUGACGUUCGGGGUCUCUCUGGUCGUCCUUCCAGGUCCCUGCUGUGCUCCCUCCCCCGCCCCUUUCCUCCAGCCUCUUGCUACCAGCUUCCAGCCCAAGGCCAGAGCUUGGCAAACUCAGCCCCCAGCACGGACUUUUCCUGGUGUCCACCCGAGAGUCACCACGGCCAAGCGGGGGAAGACAAAGGCCGAGGCCUCUCUGCUCACAGGCACAUCCCCGUCCGAGCACACAGGAGCGACUCUGUACUCAGGAACCUCUCCGCACACAGGGACCCCUCCGCGUGCAGGGACCCCUCCGUAUGAAGAGACCUCUCCGUAUAAAGAGACCUCUCCGUAUGAAGAGACGUCUCCUCACAAAGCAACCUCUCCUCAUGCAGGGACUGCAGGCCCGUCCACUCACCCGGACUUCAUCUCGGCAAAUGACGCCAGUCUGCACCGUAGCAGCAGCAGCAGCAGCAGCAGCGCCAAGUCCAGGGUGUGCCCCGUGACGGUCCGCAUGUUGGCGCCGGUCCUGGUGCUGCUGGCCCUUCUGCUGAUUUCAGGGCUGUGUGCCCUCGGCAGGUGCAUCUUCCAGUGGAGGAAGAAAGUUCAACUGGCCAAGGAGACUCAGAAGAAUGAGAAGGUCCACCACUCACACUCGCCUCUGGGCAAGGGCCAGGUCCCGGAGUACGCCAUGGUCAACGCCGUCCAAGCACCCACUGGGCCUGCCGCCAGCCCCCUCAUGGAGAGCCGGUGCCUAGACCAGACCUCAGAGCAAGAGGAAGCUCCGUCCCAGCACCCGGAGGGUGAGGUACGCCCAGGGCCUCCCCUUCACAUGUCUGAGGAGCUCAAGCGCUCCGUGUUCGUCUCAGUCUAGCCGCAGGACGCCCUCCAGGCCAGGCCUGCCGUGAAUCUGCGUGGCUGGAUUUCGGCUCUCUGGAACAAGCUUUCUGCCGUGGCUUCAGAGUCCACCUGCCAGACCCCAAGGCUCUCCCCGCACUCCCCAGGCUCUUCCCCUGCACACCCCAGCCUGACCUGGAAGCCUUUGUCCGCCUGCCCUGGUGGCCUCCCAGCUCCAGCAGAGACUGGGGCCUCGCCUAAAUGGUCACAUGCCCGGGCAGGCCAGGCAGCCGCUGGGCCCUCACCAGGGCCGGGCAGGGCUCAGGAGACCUGGGCUGAGCUGUGAUUGCUGCAGGCAACCCCCUGGGCCUGGGUGCCCAGCAAUAAGCUCCCCACCCCUGCCCUCCGGGCCCCAGGUCUCCUCCCCUUCUUCCCUGCUCAGACUCGGGAGGAGGGAGCAUGCCAAAGUUAGAUUGGAAACCAUGCCUGGGGCCAGGCCCAGGACUCUGCAUUUCUAACCCAUGCCUAGUGAUUUGUUUUGAGGUGGGGAACCCCGAGGCCUGAUGAACAGGCAGGCCCCUCCAGCUUGGAGUCCGAGUUUGCAGUGUGGAGUCUUGCCCCUGUCCCUACAGGGGCUGCUUUGCCUGAGAAACCAUGGCCCAGCUGGAGGAGGUUUUCCUGGGCUGCCUGGGCUCAGACACACUGAAAGGCAGGGAGGACUUGCCCUGCCCAUCCGCCCACCCAGCCAGGCGGUCAUUCCGGGCUUUGAAAGAGGGGCAGAGAGAAAAGCGUGGCUCCUUCUUUGUCAAGAAAGGGUUCAUUGCCCAUGGAGCAGCUGGUGCGGCGGGUGAGGGGUAGAAAACCACGGGGGUGGGUGGGUGUCUGUGAUGGAGGAGGGCCUGGCUGGUGU